AUGAAGGUUCAAAUCUUAUCUAGAAAGCUGAUAGCUCCAUCAUCUCCAACUCCACCCAACCUUAAGAACUUGAAGAUUUCAUGUUUUGACCAGCUUGCUCCUCCCACGUACGUGCCCUGCGUUUUCUACUACCCAGCCAAUGGUGAAGACCGUGGUGGAAACAAUGUCGAGCGGAGUAAGAAAAUCGAAAAAUCACUAGCUGAAACGUUAGCCCUCUUUCACCCACUAGGGGGGAGAUACAUCGAAGAAAAUUUGUCAAUUGAGUGUAGUGACGAGGGAGCAGAAUAUUUGGAAGCUGGAGUUAGUGGUUCCCUAUCUCAACUUCUCGAAAGAGAAGAGUUUAAGACUGAAAUGUGGUCGCGUUUGGUGCCACGAGUACUCCAACCAGAAAACAGCCCUCUUGUAACCAUUCAAAUCAAUAUGUUUGAAUGUGGAGGACUAGCUAUUGGUACAUGUGUGGCACACAGGAUAGCUGAUGCAUACACGGUAGGUACCUUCAUCAACACUUGGGCCACUGCUUGCCGAAUUGGGAUCGAAAAUGUACAAUGUCGUCCGAGCUUCCCUUUCGGUUCUCUUUUUCCACCGAAGAAUAUACCCGCUAUCACUUCGGUGGACGAUCUGAUAAGUGUUAGAGCUGUUAAAAAGGUUGUCAGGAAAUCUUUCGUCUUUAAAGGUGAAACUAUAUCAAGAUUGAAAGAAAUUGCUACAGCUUUUGAUUCAAACCAGCUGCUGAAAUACCAACCGACUCGAGUGGAGGUUGUGACAGGACUUAUAUGGAUGGUUCUCAUAAGGGUAGCUCGAGCUAUCCACGGCCACCUGAGGCCUUCUGUUUUUGGACUUACAGUUAACAUGCGAGGGAAGACAACUUUAACUAUGCCCGUGUAUGCUUGUGGAAACCUCAUAAACUUGGUGAUUGCGCAAUUUGUGCCAGAUGAUGAGAGCAAGAUUAAGCUUCAUGACUGUGUAAAUCGCGUGCACGAUGCGAUAAGAAGCACUGUAGAGGAUUGUGCGAAAGCUUCAAGCGGGGAUGAGUUAUUUUCUCUCAUGAUCAAGAAGAUGAGGGAGGGGGAUGAAGCAUGGAGAAAAAGCGAGAUAGAUGCCUAUAUAGUAAAUUCUUGGUGUCGGUUGCCAUGGUAUGAAACAGAUUUUGGAUGGGGAAAGCCCUCUUGGGUGCAUGGCGUGGAUGCCGCUACAAGUCCUGGUACUGUUACGCUCAUGGACACUGAAGAUGGUGGUGGAAUUGAAGCAUUUUUAGGUUUGGAUGAGAGUAGCACACUUCUUUUUCAGCAAAAUCUGGACGUUGCAUUAACUGGCAACUAG